AUGACCGCCAGCGCUGGAGACGGAGACGGAGCCGACCCCAUGGACUCUUCUCGUCUUCUCCCAACAAACAGAGUCGAGUGUGCAAAAGACUCUCCUGACAAAAACACUCUCCAGACAGCUCAAAACUGCUCUCCACUUCUGCAACUUCCACCAGAGCUCCGCAAAAAGAUAUACAACUAUGUCUUCGACACCAUCUACGUAUCUCAGGUGCCGACAAGCUACAUCAGGGGUCGAGAAGAACUCCGAUUCUCAUGCCUCCCUAUGGUCAGCCGUCAGCUCCACUAUGAGACGCUAGGUCUGCAGAACACGUACACCCACAUCAACAUUGACCCUGAGCUCAGCGUCCGUCACGUUGCCUCUCUCAUAGGGGACAAGAACUCUCAGCUAGACGAAGGACGCUCGCCUGUGACUGACGAUAUGGUCACUCACUUGCCGUCUCUAGAACAUCUCACACUGAUCAACCAGUUUACGUCACCUCUGCUUCGUCUGCCGGCGGAGUUGCGCAACGAUAUCUACGUAUCGGCCUCUUCGUCCAUAACACUUAUCCGCAAGAAGAUUAACCUCCAGAGCCGCGAUCUGUCUGUGAGAGACUGGAACAACGCCUUCCGCUUCGAGAACUCUAACAAAGGGUUGAGCCAAACAUGUCACCAGCUUCAACAGGAGACGUUCAAGUUUAACUAA